AUGGCCAUUAUCAAUGUUGUUACUGGAUAUCCUGCAUUACUUCCGGGCUCAGUAAGCGAGCAGCUGGGUGAAAAGCUCGAGGAUAAGUUGUCGAUCGAAGCGGCUUUUGCACAUAGCUUUAUUUCUAUCCAUGGACGAUUGUUUGCUGUAUUGGAAGACAGGAAGUUCAAAAUUUUCGAUGAACUAAAAGAACUUCGAAGUGAUUACACGGAGAGAUUUGGAAAUUACGAAGCCGACAAAUCAUUGUCCAGGGAGGACUGGGAUGAAAUCAGCGCACUCAAUGCAACUAUCUCGGAAGCGGAGUCUUUUGAACUUGAAAUCGAUGAAGGGAAUGCAAAACAGCGUUAUUUGUGUUUGUUAGUUCAACUUGCGUUUGUCGAAUUUCAGAAUAUGAAUACCAGUACCGAUGUUGCAAAUCUGAGCACAACAGUAUCGGAGGAGCGUUUCAGCCUUUUCCAAAAAAUCAAAAGAAAGGAAAGCGAAUUACAAAGUGAACAGGACAGGUUCAAAUUUAGCUUCAUACCAGGAGAAUAUACUGAAGAACUGCGAGCCCAAUUUCACGAGACGCUGUUGAGUGAUAUUGAGAAUGCGCCAUGUCGUACAGUCUCGAACGAGAAAUCACCCACAGCGCUGAUGACGAGCUCGAAUGUCAAUUUACCUGAUGUCGACUUGUCCGCAAAAAGAAGGCGCUUUUAA